AUGACAGAUCUUUUAAGAAGUGUUGUCACUGUCAUAGAUAUUUUCUAUAAAUAUACAAAGCAAGAUGGGGAAUGUGGCACACUGAGCAAGGAUGAACUAAAGGAACUUCUGGAGAAGGAAUUUCGUCCAAUUCUGAAGAACCCAGAUGAUCCAGACACAGUAGAUGUCAUCAUGCAUAUGCUGGAUCGAGACCAUGAUCGAAGACUAGACUUUACUGAGUUUCUUCUGAUGGUAUUCAAGCUGGCCAUGGCCUGCAACAAGGUUCUCAGCAAAGAAUACUGCAAAGCUUCAGGGUCAAAGAAGCAUAGGCAUGGUCACCGACACCAAGAGGAAGAAAAUGAAACAGAAGAAGAAGAAGAAGAGACACCAAGACGGAAAAAAGGUUACAGACAUUCAAGUUGGAAUGAGGGAGAGGAGCAUGGAUAUAGUUCUGGGGGCUCGAGGGAUGCUGCAAAAUAUAGACAGGGGUCCAACUCCAGGAGGCUGAGAAGGCAAGGUGAAUCAUCCAGUUCCGAAGGAUCUGAGAAAAGGUAUCAGGGGUCUGGUUCUGGACACUCCUGGAGGAGUGGCCAAGAGAGACAUGGUCCAAACUCCGGGGAACUACGGGAAAGAAACAAGUCAUAUGGUAGCCCCUCUAGGGAAUCUGGGGAGGAAUAUGUAUCUGGAUCAAAGAGUCAGGGAAGGAAAAGUCAUGGUGGUUUUUCACAUGGACUAGAGACUAGUGAACAUGAAUCAAACUCUACGCAGUCAAGAAAGGGUGGAGGACAAAAUCUUGGGUCUAGCUCUGAAGGUUCAGGAGACAGUAGGAGACAAAGUCAUGCAUGUGGUUACAGUAAUUCAGGUGGGUGUGGAAGGCCACAAAAUGCUUCUAGCUCUUGUCAGACAAGUAGAUUUAAAGGGCCAGGAAACCAAUCUAGCUGUCCUCAGUCAGGUUGUCAAUCAGGAAGUAGUGGAGGACAAGGUCAUAGAUGUGUCUCAGGAGGGCAGUCCUCUGGAUAUGGUCGAUCUGAUCCUAGUUCCUGCAGGCAGUCUUGUACUCAGAGAAGAUGUGAAUCUCAACAAUGUGGUCAACCACAAAACUGUGGAGGACAACAAGGAACAGGCUCAAGUCAGUCCUCUUGCUGUGCAAAAUAUGGCUGUGGAACAAGUCAGUCUUCUAGUUGUGGUCAACAUAGAUCUGGUUCUUGUGGACAGUCUUCAAACUCUCAUCAAAAAGGGUCUGGUCCAAAUGAAUUUUCCAAAUGUGGUCAUCAUGGGUCUGGUUCAGGUCAGUCCUGCAGCUAUGAACAACAUGGACCAGGCUCGGGUCAGUCCUCUGGUUUGGGGCAUCAUGGGUCUGGCAUAGGUCAGUCUUCUGGCUGUGGCCAGUAUGGGUCUGGCUCAAGUCAGUCUUCUGGCUGUGGUCAACACGGGUCUGGCUCAAGUCAGUCUUCUGGCUGUGGUCAACACGGGUCUGGCUCAAGUCAGUCUUCUGGCUGUGGUCAACACGGGUCCAGUAAGGGUCAGUCCUCUGGCCUCGGGCAGCACGGGUCCGGCAAGGGCCAGUCCUCUGGCCUCGGGCAGCACGGGUCUGGCUCGGGCCAGUCCUCUGGCUUCGGGCAGCAGACGUCUAGCUCUGGCCAGUCCUCUGGCUUCGGGCAGCACGAGUCUGGCUCGGGCCAGUCCUCUGGCUUUGGGCAGCACAGGUCUGGCAUGGGCCAGUCCUCUGGCUUUGGGCAGCACGGGUCUGGCACGGGCCAGUCCUCUGGCUUCGGGCAGCACGGGGCCAUGCUGGAUCUCAACAUGGAGAGGCCGGAUCCACUCAUUCAGAGAGACAUCAAAGUGGUCAUGAGCAGUCCCAAGGAAGUACUAGACAUGCUCAUUCUGGCCUUGGACAAUCCCCAGAGAGUAGUUCCCACGUAA